AUGAAUCUCCUCUCUCUUCUGUCACUUUCGGCCAUCAGCGCCAUCGCCUGUGCAGAGACACACGUCUUUGACUGGAAUAUAACAUGGGUAACGGCAAAUCCUGAUGGACUGCAACCUCGUCCUGUGAUUGGGAUCAAUAACGAAUGGCCCCUACCUCUUUUAAAUUUCACCAAGGGAGAUAGGGUUAUUGCCAACGUGAGAAAUCAGCUUGGUAACGAAUCGACCAGUGUUCAUUUUCAUGGCUUCUUCCAAAAUGGUACAAAUGAAAUGGAUGGCCCGCCUGGCGUCACUCAAUGCAACAUUCCUCCCAAUGAGACAAUGGUGUACAACUUCACAAUUGAUCAAUCCGGUACAUAUUGGUAUCAUUCCCACACGAAGGGGCAGUACCCCGACGGCUGGCGUCAAGCUUUGGUCAUUCAUGAUGAGGAAGAUCCCUACAUCGGCAAAUAUCACGAGGAGCGAGUGAUUACUUUAUCUGAUUGGUACCAUGACGAGAUGCCUGGUCUCCUGAAAGAAUUCAUUAAUGUUGCCAAUCCAACUGGUGCAGAGCCAGUUCCUAAGUCUGCUUUGAUGAAUGACACACAGAACCUGACCAUCCCAGUUGAGCCUGGCAAGACCUAUCUAUUCAGACUAGUAAAUAUUGGGGCUUUUGCAAGCCAGUAUUUCUGGAUUGAGGAUCAUGAUAUGCAGAUUGUCGAGGUAGAUGGGGUUUGGACAGAGCCUGCGACUGCCUCUAUGAUCUACUUAGGCUCUGCUCAGCGGUGUAGUGUUCUUGUCACGAUGAAGAACGAGACCGAUGCCAACUAUGCCAUGGUCGGGAGCAUGGAUACAGAUCUAUUUGACACUCUUCCCUCGGACCUGAAUUACAAUUCUACUGGGUGGCUAGUGUAUGAUUCUUCUGUCGAGAAACCAGUCGCCAAAUCGGUGUCGGAGUUCGAUUUCUAUGAUGACUUUGAUCUCGUCCCUUACGAUGGACUAGAGCGAUAUGAAGAUGCAGAUAUUACCGUGACAUUGGAUCUCACCAUGGACAACCUUGGCGAUGGAGCAAACUAUGCCUUUUUCAAUGGAAUCUCCUAUGUGGCGCCCAAAGUUCCAAUUCUGUAUUCUGCGCUCACGACAGGAUCCGCUGCCACAGAUGCCGCUAUAUACGGCACAGACACCAACGCCUUCGUUUUGAACAAGGGUGAUAUCGUUGAUAUCGUCCUCAACAAUGAUGAUACUGGCAAACACCCAUUCCACCUGCAUGGCCAUAGCUUCCAGGUCAUCUGGAGAAGUGGAGAUUACGAAGGCCAUUUUAACCCAGACAAUGUCACUUUCUCAUCCGUACCCGUGCGGCGCGAUACUCUAAUUGCUAAGCCGAUGGGUAAUUUUGUCGUCCGAUUUAAGGCUGAUAAUCCUGGUAUUUGGCUUUUCCAUUGUCACAUCGAGUGGCAUAUGGAUGCAGGACUGGCCGCUAUAAUGGUCGAGGCUCCGUUAUAUCUUCAAGAAAACCUGACUAUCCCACCAAAUCAUUAUGAUGUCUGUAGUGCAAGUGGUACUCCAACUGAAGGUAAUGCAGCGGGAAAUACAGAGGAUUUCUAUGACCUUACAGGGGAGAACAGGGCAGUUGCUCCGCUCCCUGCUGGCUUCACGGCACGCGGUAUUGUAGCUUUGGUUUUCAGUUGUGUAGCUGCUUUUGUGGGCUUAGCUUCCAUUGUGUGGUACGGGGUGGCUCCUAUCAAGAACAACCCUUCCUUCUGUUCCACUGGGAACGGUGGGGUUGCCAAGAUCACUGCUCGCAAACCUGACCAAAUCGGGAUGAAUGUCCAUUUCGCGCAUAAUUCGGGGAUUCACCUAGUGGCAGAAAGGUUGAGAGACGCGUAG